AUGGUCAACCUGCCCUCGGGUUAUGCGCCUCCCGCACAUUGUACGAGCCUCGACACUGAGGACCUAGACCGAGAGGCCGCUGUUGUCGUCGCCCGUGCCGGCCAGAGAAGGGGACAGGGCUUGAAAGCCAUGUCGCAGGCCAAAAGUCUAGAGCCCAUCACCCAGCCGGCGUUGAUACCGGAAACCUGGGCUCUGAGUUUGCCUUCCCAGCUCAGCCUGACGGUUCGGCCCCCGUUAGUCGGACAGGCUCUCCCACUCACUCGUGCCGCGGCGCGAGGAGGGCGACCCGACGGCCCAGCACAACGGGCAGAAUACCGCCCUCCUGCUGUCUCCACCAACGAACGUCAAUCCGACCCCUCUGGUGGGCAUGGAAGCCAUAUGGACGAGAACAUCACGACGCCCUCGGAGUCAAAUCCCGUCCGGGGACGCGCGGUAGAUGCCAUACUGGGUGCGACCGCCCUGUCGGCAACUGAGACCAACCCGUUUCUCCAGUCAGGGAUCCGGAUCAGGAACCCCGUGCUUUCCUCUCUUCGGCCGAAGAACCAAGCCAAGGAACGCCGGGACCGGGUCGAAACAGCGCUCGAACCCCUCUUUGAUGCGGCCCCCCUUCAUCCUGAUGUGCACCGGCGACCCGGAGAAGGCCGUCGUCGUGCCGGUGGCCAUCGGCGAGAACGCCGAUGCGGUGGACCAGUGGAAAGCCAUCCAAAAUACCUCACGGAAGUACAUAUCGCGUUGGAAAUCCUGGGUUAG